AUGCCCUGCCCAAUCAUUCACAAAACACCUGAGGCAAGAUUAGCGGCUGCACGUGAAAAGCGUAGGAGCUAUUAUGCUAGAAACAGAGACAGAAUUUUAAAGAGCCGGAGAGAGCUUCAUAACUCUAACAGCAAGGAAGCACGGGAAGCACGAAAAUUCACAAGAGACCUGUCGAAGGCUGUUGCAAGAGCCUUGCAUCAUAGUGAUGAAGAUGACGCUGAGUCUGAUGCUGGCAAUGAGGAUUCCCAGGACUCAGACAAUGACGAAAGUACUAAACCAUCUGUUCCUUUAUACAUAGUUUAA